AUGGUGAUGUUUUCUCAGAGACUCACCAUUGCUAGAAGCGUAACACACAUUCCCUCUUUCCGCAAACCGUGGGCCUGUUCCAAGCAGCAUACCACGUGUAUCUCAUCCCGCAAUCACUUAUCGACUAAUCCGCUUCACGAGGAAUUCUUUCGAAACACAUCAAGAAGAUGGGUAUUCAACGAGACCGACCGUUUAAGCGAACGAUACGUAAAGUUUCGACCAACAGAACUUCAACGGAUCGCCGGCGAAGCAGUACAACAAGACUAUUGCCCUGAUAUUUCUAAGCUAGCAGAGGGAGGCUUCAACAAAGUGUUUCUUCUGCGAGCAAGGAAUGCUCGUGAGGUGAUUGCACGAAUUCCAACUCCCAUUGCCGGGCCUCCCCGUUACACAACCGCCAGUGAGGUGGCGACGAUGGACUUUUUGCGAACUGUUCUCAAACUGCCGGUACCGGAGGUUUGGGCCUAUUCAACAACAUCGGACAAUCCUGUCGGAGCAGAGUAUAUUCUGAUGGAGCGGGUGGAGGGGGAGAGUCUUGCCUCGCGGUGGCUAUCUCUCACAACGGAGGAGGUGAAAGACGUCAUGACAGAAAUCGCAGAUAUAGGGAGGAAAAUCUUUGACUUCCACUUUCCUGCGUAUGGAAGUUUAUAUUACAAGAAGGACCUCGACGGGGAAACCCAGAUACCAAUCGUGGAAAUUUUGUUAUCGGCCCUGUGGCUUUCAUCCGUGGACUGUGUUACCUCCGCGGCUCGCCGGGAGAUGGCUGUCAUUCAGCAACACGCUAAAGCCCAGCCUCGCCAGACAUUCCUUCUACCAACUAACUAUGACGUUCAUCCCUCCGAGCACAGCUCGUUACUUUCGCGAUUUUUACAGUUAGCGCCUCAUUUUAUCCGACCAGGUUCCUCCAGCGCUCCGACACUAAGACACCCCGAUUUGAGCCUGAGUAAAAUUUUAUUGGCGCCUGGGUCCAACAAAAUCAUCAGUAUCAUUGAUUGGCAGGAUGCCAUGAUAUUACCGCGCUUCAUUCAAGCAGGUUAUCCCGCGUUUUGUGAGCACGACUCCUCCCAGCCUCAAAGCCUGCAGAUUCCAUCUCUCCCUGAUAAUUUCGACGAAAUGAGUAUCGAUGAACAAAGACAAUCCAAAACUAUUUUUCGCUUAGAAGAGGCCAACCUCUUUUAUACAGCUGCGACAGGUAUACAUAAUGACCAGCACAUGACUGUUUUGAAACUUCCUUAUCUCGGAAUGCUGCAGUAUCUUCUUCGCCAGACAGGGUAUCCCUGGGAUGCAGACGUAAUUAACCUACGUGCUGCGUUGGUAGGCAUCACGACACCAUCGGUAUGGAGCAAAAUUUCCUCGGCAGCUUGUCCAGUUGUGUUCAGCGAUGAAGAACGAGAGGCUGCUAUGGCGGACUCGCAGGAAUGGAACGAGUCUGAGCAGCUCUUGUCGCGGGUUCGAGAACACCUCAAUAUCGACCUAGAAGGUGGAACCGACCCGGACGACUUUGAGAGGGCAGUGGAGGGCAAUCGUCAGUUUCGAAUGGAAAUGGUCAGGCAGGCAGAGGAGGACCAACAGGAGAUCUCUUGGCGUAAUUGGCCGUAUAAGGAUAAAGAGGACGAUAGCAUGCCUCCUCGGGUAUAG